UGGCGAGGUGCAUCUUCGUCCUUUUCCGCCCUUGGGAACUUACAGCGGCCCCUUGGCCGCUGGUUCCGCGCCUCCCGCGGUUGGGGCGUACCCGGAAGUGCCCCUGCGGAAGCGGGCAGGGCCGUGGGCGCUUCACUAUGGCGACGGUGGCGGCACCGCGGCGCUUUUGCCGCUGCGCCUGCUUCUACACGGAUAACUUGUACGUGGCGCGCUAUGGGCUGCACGUGCGUUUCCGAGGCGAGCAGCAGCUGCUCCGGGACUACGGCCCGAUCCUGCGCAGCCGAGGCUGUGUUAGCGCCAAGGACUUCCAGCAGCUGUUAGCAGAGGUACCAGUCCCCUGUCCCUGCACAGCUCCUCCUUGUUAGAUUUGUGUCCGCAGCUUGAGGGGUCCCCUAGCCUCAGUCCCUGAUCCCUGAAGGAUCAUUUAGGCCUUCACUUUCCUCCUUCCUGCCCCCCACUCAUCCCUCCACACCUGGGUCUUGGCACCAGGAGAGAGAAGGGGAAAUGCUGAGUUGCCUAGUCAUGCCGUUCUUAACACCUCUGCGAGAUAAGCACAAGCACCACCCUCAUUUUGGAUUGAGAAGCUGAGGCUUAAAGAAGGAUCACUUGCCCAAGCUUUU